GUCACCAACUUAAGAGAAAUGGCUGAACACUACCGAUAUUGUUUAUGUUUUGCGGUCGCAAUAUUUACAUUUUGUAGCGUUUUUGCGGAUGUGCCACUCGCAGAAGUUGACGCAAUGGCAACGCUUUCAUCUGAGAGUCAAAGAGACUCAAAAGGAUCGGUCAUCCUACCGGCCGAUACCGAGCAAGAGGUCCUUUUUGUUGGACGAAAUUUUUCCUCGAAUACUGAGGUCGCGUUCACCUUAAACAACCUACUACGAGGCGAGCACUGUGAAGAUGAUGGUGAUAUAAGUGAAACAUUUCAUGUUGAUACUGGUGGAUUGAAUAUUACGAAUAAAGUUAAGGCUAAAGUGACUCUACCAGUGUUAGAGAAAGGGAGUUAUUACUUUAUCUGUAUUAAGCAAGUUCAAGGAGAGGAUACUUCCUGGAUUCACCAGGGUGAUGAUCCAUUUGUUAAAUUUUCUGUAGUAAAGGUAUCGUCAACAUUUAUGCCAGUAUGGCUACAGAUGAUAUUUAUCACCGUUUUGUUGUGUUUGUCAGGUCUUUUCAGUGGAUUGAAUUUGGGAUUAAUGUCUUUGGACAAGACAGAAUUGCAAAUCAUCGAAAAAUGUGGAGAUCAUCAAGAGAAAAAAUUUGCUAAAGUUAUAUCCCCUCUUCGAAAACGUGGCAACUUUUUGUUAUGCACUCUUCUACUUGGAAAUGUUCUUGUCAACAACAGUUUAACCAUUCUGUUGGAUAACAUUUCAAACGGUCUCGUAGCUGUUAUAGCGGCAACAGCUUUUAUUGUUGUGUUUGGUGAAAUUGUUCCACAGGCAAUAUGUUCAAGACAUGGCUUAGCAGUUGGUGCAAGAACUAGAUUUAUCACCUACUUCUUUAUGAUCUUAACUUUUCCGCUAUCUUUUCCGAUCAGCUUGUUGUUAGAUAAGAUUCUUGGUGAAGAAAUAGGACAAGUUUACAAUCGUGAAAAAUUACAAGAAUUGGUAAGAGUGACUAAAGACUUCAGUGCACUAGAUGAUGGUGAAGUUGCUAUCAUUUCUGGAGCUUUGGAAUUGACUAAGAAGAGAGUUGCGGAUAUUAUGACUCCAAUUGAAGAUGUGUUUAUGCUCGACUAUAAUCACAUUCUGAAUUUCGACACAAUGUCAGAAAUUAUGAAAAAAGGCUACAGUAGAAUACCUGUAUUUGACAAUGACAAGGGAAAUGUUGUUGCUUUACUAAACAUCAAAGAUCUGGCUCUGAUAGACCCCGAUGAUAAUACGCCCCUGAAGACAGUGUGCAAGUACUACCAGCACCAUCUUCUGUUCGUGUUUGAUGACCACAAGCUUGACCAGAUGCUUCAGGACUUCAGACAAGGUCACUCCCAUAUGGGCAUCGUGCGCAAGGUGAACAAUGAGGGAGAUGGGGACCCGUACUACGAGACGCUUGGAGUUGUCACCCUCGAAGAUGUUAUCGAAGAAAUCAUACAGUCAGAAAUCAUCGAUGAAACCGAUACAUUGUGUGACAACAGCAAGAAAAUCCCGCGUAAGCUUCCUCGGCAGGACUUCAGCUCAUUCAUACAGUCCCAUGACGAUAACCAGCAGGUGAUCACUCCCCAGAUGUCCGUCGCUGCGUUCCAGUAUCUGUCUGCAUCUGUGGAACUGUUCUUGGAGAAGUACAUAUCAGAGAACAUUCUGAAGAAGUUGAUCAAGCAGAACAUUGUCGUGGAGCUGAACCCCCAGAGUCACAAGGAACACUACCUGUACCGAGAGGGCGUGCCCGCAGAUUACUUUGUACUUAUACUGCAAGGUCACGUGGAGGUCAGCAUUGGCCGAGAGCAGCUUGUCUUCCAAGGCGGACCCUUCACUUACUAUGGACUCAAUGCUCUUAAAGUGAGUAACCAGAUCCUGAACCCAAGCAGUAACAGCGACUCAAUCUACAUAAAGAUGGAGCCAUACAUUCCUGAUUUCUCCGUCAAGGCUGUUGACAGCUUGCUCUUCCUGCGUAUCAAACGAGCCCACUACAUUGUUGCGAGACGAGCUACACUAAUGGGUCGAAAUGAAUUGAACAGCAUGCAGGAAGAAGAAGCCUUUGCUAGCGAAUGGAGUCAUCUGUCGAAGAUAAAUCAAUGUAGCCACAAUAGUACCGAGAAUGAUACAUCAGUCGAGAUUCACACGGAGAAUGAAAAAGCAGACAGAGAAUUUGAACCGAAAAAGCCAUCGUAUACAAGUAAUUGGACACCGUUAUCUAGUAGAAACGACAUCUCGGGAUUGAAACGGAGUGAUAGUAAAGAUUCUAAUUGGAGUUUCCCGCACUCAGAUAGGCAAGAGCCAGAUUCUUUAGAGAACACAAAUAUGAUGGAAUUAAGAACUAGACUGAAUGAAAAUCAGGAAAAUUUUGAUGAGAAAGGUGAAAAUAAAAAGGCUGAUGUGAGUAAAGCUGAUGACAGUUUGGAAGUCAGAAAUGGCGACAGAACUAGAAGUGGUGAUGGGGCGGAGGGGGUUGUUGGGGAUCGGGAAGCUAAUUGUGGGAGACCGACGUCAUGUCAUAGUGCAGAUUUCGAUGAGGAUGGUCGGAACUUAGGGGAGUUCACUCCCCUUGUAAGUAAAGUCGAAGCUGGGGGUGACGCAUAAUGUGAAGGAAACUCAAGGCAGUGGGAGAUUCAGACUGGGCUAUUAGUUAUGUGAUUGUUAAGCAAAUAUUGUUAUUUUGUCGAAUAGGGGCAUCUUUUGCAAUAAGGAAUUUUAGUUUUUAACUUUUAACAAAAAAUGAUAUAUCCUUGCAUUGUUGGAACAUCCCAAAUGUAGAAUUAUUUUCAUUUCCCCAGCCUUUUUGUAACUCUGUGUUCUAAGACUGAUAUUAUUUCUAUCAAGCAAAUUUAUAUAAAAAGAAAUAAGAUAUUCAACUCUGAUAAUAUCAGAAUACAACUAAAAUCUAUUAUUUCAAACAAGCUCUGUUCUUUAAAACAAGCUCCCAUAAGAAAAUAGCUGUAUAGUUUGUUUUUUUAUCUAAUAGGAAUUUAACACAUUUCUUUAAAUUGUUAACAAUUAGCAUCUUGUUAAUGUUUUUUUAAACCAUAUCAAUUUUGCACUGUUAUAUUCUCAAUGUGUCUGCAAGCAGCAGAUUAAGAAAUCAAAUUGAUGUUGUAUCUUCCUUUUUACAUUUAUAGUUUGUCUGUUUUUCAAGCCACAACAGUUGAGGUAUUGUCGUAGCCCUGGUGUUAUUAUUGCUGUCUGUGUUUGUGUGCAAAAAAGCGACCCUAACUCAAAAAACAUUAAAGAUAUUCCAACGCAACAUUGUACCCAUGUUGCCAGGAAGAUACACAUGUGUAUGGCAAGGCACAUAACUCUUGCUUUAAUAAUUGGUCAAUUAUGCCCCUUGUUUACUGGAGAAAAAAUGUGGUAUCUGAGGCAAUCUGGUCUUUAGCUCGACUUUAAAAAAAAAUAAAGAGAUAUAUACUACUCACCCUAACUCCACUGUCGUGGUUAGGGUUUUGCAUGUAAGCAUCUUUAAGUCAUUAUCUCAGCAAAUAUAUCAUGUUAUGCAUUGAAACAAUAGAUAUGAGUUUCCAACUAUCUAACCUACUUAAUUAAUGGAGUUAGGUUUACAACAGUGUUUUGAUAAUAAAUAUGGGAUUUUCUUAUUGAACUAAGCUUUUUUUAUUUUGCAUAUAAUUCAAAUGAUGGGCCUUUGUUAUGUGACUAGAAUUUCUGGUUAAGGUUUUGCAUGUCACCAAAUUUUAUAGUGGUCCAUGUAUGUUUCAUCAAAACUUUGCUAUCCUUAAACUUAUAAGCGACAGAAUAGUCAAGUUCACUGUCUCUGUGACAGCUCUUGUUUUAAUUGCAAUCAAUUUAAACAAAAAAAUUGUCGGUGUCCGGUUAAAGUUUUAGGGCAAGUUGGGAUUUUCACUUAUAAGUCCAAUACCCUUCAUUCAAUUGACUUAAUACUUCACACAGUUGUUCAUGGCCAUCACAUGAUGAGGUUAGAUAACUCCAUAUUAUUCUUUACACAGAUUAUGGCCCCUGAUUGACUAUGGAACUUAGGUUAAAGUUUAAGGGCAGGUUAGGUUUUAUUAAUAACUUCUAUACCCUUUGUUCAAUUGACUUAAUACUUCACACAGUUGUUCAGGACCAUCACACAAUAAGGUUACAUAACUCCAUAUUAUUUUUAAUACAAGUUAUGGCCCCUAAUUGACUUCGGUUAAAGUUUUAGGGCAGGUUAAAGUUUUAGGGCAAGUUGGGAUUUUCACUUAAAACUCCAAUACCCUUCAUUCAAUUGACUUAAUACUUUACACAAAUGUUCAGGACCAUCACCCAAUGAGGUUACAUAACUCCAUAUCCUUAAUACAAGUUAUGGCCCCUGAUUGACUUAGGUUAAAGUUUUAGGCAAGUAAAAAUUAAGGGCAAGUUGGGAUUUUAAUAAAAAAAAACUUCUAUACCUUUCAUUCAAUGCACUUAAUAAAAUUCAAAAUUAUUUACGACCAUCUUACAACAAGAAACACAACUCCAUUUUAACCCUAAAUACAAAUUAUGUCCCUUGAAUAUAUAUAUAUUUUUUUUUUCUAAAUUUCUUUUGACAUUUUUACAAUCUUAACCAUAUUUUUACUAAGGGAAAACUAGGAAGGCUGUUCUAUAUGGCUCUUGAUUUUUUUUUGAUUUUUUUUAAAUUUUAUUUUAAUUUCUUUUGAAAGGCAUAUUUAUAUAUUCUUUACCACAUUUUCAUAAUGGGAAAUCAAGUUAUUUGAAUGACUUGCGUCAUUUUUCGGGUGGUGGGAGGGCAGCAUCAAAGUCACCUUAUGUAUUGAAUAAUUUUAGUUAGAUUUGACAUAAAUAGACCAAACUUGGUAAUAUUACAUUGUUAUUGUAUUUACUUCUAAGUCAAAGCGACAGCUCUUGUUUAAUAUUUUUUCACUCCAUCUACUGCACAUACAAAAUCUACUACUUUAUGUUCACAACUUCAGGUACAUUAUUAUUAUACGAUUAUAUUUGGUGUAUCAUUUUAAUCAUGAGGCUAUUUCUAAAGAAGUCAUGGACUUUUUUUAGAUAUAACGUUGUUAAUAAUGUAUGCAAGAUGUGUCAUGUAUUGUUUCAUGUUUGUUACGGGUCGUUGUUUUGUUGCUGUAGAAGAGUUUACGGUGUAUAUAAAUUCUAUGGAUAAAGGCGAGAAUUGAAUUGCAUUAUUAUUGUAGUAAAUGUUUACUUGCCUUAGAUAUUUGAUUUGUUUGAAGUAAACAAUUGAGAAAUUUCACUAUAUGAAAUAAUGUAAACAAAAUAAUUAAAAAGGGUGAUUAUUAUAUUUUUGUGAAUAUUGUGAUUUCUAUAUAAAUUUUAAUGAAGUUUUUUCUUAACUUUUGUAAUGAAAAACUCCCAAUACUGUAUUCCUUAAGAUCUCCCCACAUUUUGAAGUUGAGGUUUUUUAAGGUUCAGGGCAAAUGGGACCAUUUAUGUAUUAGUGGUAAGGUUAGGGGCCAAGUUCAAGGAAAAGAAUGUAAGACUAGAAAUAUUUUCCCGCCUGAAUGUCAUGUUGCCGAAAAGUCCUCGCUUAGUUUAUGAUGGCACUCUCAAGGUUUUUUUGUGAAACUUUGCCAAGAUUAUAUUAGACUAGAUUGAAAUUAUCAUGCAUUGGCAAAUUCAAUAGAGUUUUCAUACAGGUGAUUGUAUUCAACUUGAGGGAAUAUUUGUAGAUUUCGAUAAGUUCCUUAUGAAAUCAAAAUCUGCAUAAAUGGAGUGGGCCGUUUCAAUUAAAAUCAUACUUGUUUUUGGUCGUAAAUUGAAAUCAAAUAAGUGUCGAUAGUUUGCUUAAUUUGCUACAUAUUUGAGUGAACUGGACUAAAGCCAGUAUUAAAAAUGAACACAAAGUUCAGAAAAUAAUAAAAAAACAACGACGUAUUGCUAUUAGUGACUUUAUACAGAUUUAAGAUUAUUUAAGUUACGACUAAGGUCUUUAAAUGUAAUAGCCUUCAGGAGAGUUGAAAACGACCUUUGGAUCAAAACACAAAAAGUACAAUAAUCCUGGUUUAAAUUACUUAAGAGACAUUAUUACAUAAUAAAUUACAUAAACUUUUUUGUUUUAUGAUGUCAUUUUAACAUGGCGCUGUGAUAGUUAAUAUGUGACGCAGAGUCGAAUAUGGCAGAAUUGCAAAAGCUUUAAUGUGGACAAAUGUAUUUUUCAAUAUGAAUUGCUUGCAGAUUUAUACUAGGUAUAUAGAAAAUACAUUUGUAUUAUAAAUGGCAUCGCAACCAUGAAAUAACUUUGUUAUAUAUUUUUUAGAUAUAACUACUGUAAACACUUUUGAUGUGACGUCGUAAAUGAAUGGAUUUGAAAAUGUGUGUGCUAUUAUGUGAAGGCUUCAAUGUUGUUGAUCAUUGAAUUACUAUUUAUGAUAUAAAUAAAAUCCCAUUUGUUGCCAUUCAAUGUGAAAUUUAUGAAAAAAACUUUACUAAAAUUCAUAAAAACAACUUGCACAUUUUUGUUUUUAUUAAAUGUAGAAAACUUGUUUAUUAAAUUCUGUAUUGAAUGACCACUCAUGUCAUAUAUCCUUUAUGUAUUAAAAUGGAGACUGCUUGUUAUUUAAUUAUUGGAAAUAUAUUGUUGAUAACUUACCUCAUUAAAUGGCAUUGCAGAAAAAUGUUUUAUCACAGUAAAUACUCAAACUGAUGCAUCUUUUAUGAUUCGAAAUUAUGAAUUGAUUACUCUGUACUUAAUGUUGGUUGGAUUAUUUUUUAACUAAAUUAAAUGAUUAGGCUUUCUGCUAGAUAACAAACUGUUCUACUGCUUUUAACUUUGAUCUUGUAUGAAUUAUACAAUCUGCCUUUUAUUACUAUGCAUCACCCCAUGUGCUAGCUAGAUGGCCAUCUUAUCAUCCUAAGUGAAUAUUUCUUGUUAUAAUAUGUAUUUCAAAUCUUAAGAUAAUUACUGGUCAGUUAAGACAAAGUGUUGGUGAUUUUUCAAGUUAGACUUUUAAUGUCAUCUGUGACACUCACUAAAUAUUUAACUGAAAUUCUUGAUAUGAUAUUUUGCCUUAAGCUCAUUACGAAGAUGACACAUUUAUCUGUAGUUGUAUAUAUUUUAGACUUAAGUGUUAUGGGAUGAUUUAAAAAGUGCAAGUUAUAUUGAAGUAUUUUGUCCUAAAUUUCUGUAUAUAAUUAUUGUUUUAAAAACAUGCUUUAUUUAAAUAACUACAAAAUGACAAAAUGAACUGUUGCUACAAAUAUUGUUUAUAACCAUAAUGGUAUUAAGUUUAGACUUUAUUUAUUGUACAACUGAUGUACAGAAAGAUUUGUUAACUGAUGCUCAGUCAAUCCUGUUGAUGAUAGUGUGGCCUUGUGCUGUGGAGGAAUUCAGAGUGCUCGGAGAAAACCCACUUGUAUGGCUUGGUGCCCACCAACCAAACUCAGAAUGGUCUUUAACUGUAUAACCAUUUUAGUAUUGCUUAUUUGUGCUGAAUUGUUUCUUCUGAUUGUGAGAGAAUUACAAAUAAUCCAUACAUAUACGUAUAUAUAUAUCAUGAUUUCGUAUAAAGAUAAAACAUGUGUACAUCAAACAAAUCUGAUAGCAUACAAAAUUAUGUGUUAAAUGUUUUGGGAAUCUAUAUGUGUACAGUUAAAAGAUGUUUGUAUUUUACUUCAGCGAUAUGCUAUUGAUUUCAGUUUAAUGAAUCAGUCAACUGGUAGAAUAAGUAGGCAUUCUAAAUAUCUUUUAGUACUUUAGUAAUCUAUAACAAAGAUAACAAUAUAUAUAUUGUGAAUGUAAUGCACUCAAAUAUCAUUCAGUGUCCUAGUUAUUAAUGUCUCGCUCAUUGUGUGUUUACAUGUAAUAAUAAUGAUUGAUAUUUUUCUUCAUCACUGAAAUUCAGUUUGUUUUUCAUGCAAAUAUUUUGGCAGCACUAUAUCGUAGGUUGUUUUUUAAUGUAUUGGAAUUUUAUACCGGGUAGUUUAUUUUUGCCAUAGUUAUUAACAAUGUAUCUUCAUACUUUAAAACACAAAGAGUUAACAUAUAAAAACAAAUUGAAAGUUAUAAAAGAGCCAUACAUGUAUGUUCUUUGUACCUAUAUGUUGUAAGCUUGUCUGUUUUUUUGUGGAAAAAUGUUACUUAUGCCUUUGCGGCAUUGUGCAAAAACCUUGGGUCGGGCCAUAACAUUUCAAGAGAUCCAUAUGUAGCUUUGUUUACAGCUGCACUCUCACAGAUUUUCCAAUUUGACAACUUUUUCACUUUUUGUCUCAGAAUCAGCUGAUUUUGGCAUCAGUAUUUUAAAAUCAGUCAUAUAAGAUAACACACAAUAUAACUGAUCUCAAUUAUUUGAAACACUGCCAAAAUUUUCAUUUUUCUGUAGCCAUAAAACAUCAAUUUUCAAAUGUAAAUAUGAAAAUUGCUGUCUUCUCUUUUGUCACCAGUCUUAUAUUACUGGUUCCAGAAAUAUACAUAUAAAUUGUCUCGUUCCAAGAUGAAAAAAAGUUGUCGAAGCAAUCAAUCUCUGAGAGUGCAGCUUUACAGGCUGCCAAUGUUAAUACAUGUAUUCCAUAGCUCUUUUAUCAGGUUACCAUCAUCUUAAUCCCCCAACUCUGCUGAGAAAAAUGGACGAACAUGAGAACCCACUUGUAUAGCUCUUGUGUUAAUUAUUUCUUAAUUUGUAGUACUUGUGUUGUUGAAACGUUUCAAUGUGAUCUCAUUGUCGUAGUUUUUUCUUUCACAUGAGCACUGAAUUAUAUUGAUUAUUUGUACAAAAACUCAACAAAAAAGAGAGUAUCCACUUUUAAAGGCACUCAACUCAAUGUCUUUUAUCUACCUUAUUUAAUACAAAAUAGUUAUACACUUUUUGUACUGUAUAUUUGAUAAAGUAUUCUAUGCUUACGUUGAAAGAUCAUUUUAAAAUAAAGGGUCAAGAAUUACACAUUUUGAAACUAUGGACUGCCUAGUACUAUUAUUAGAAUGGAAAUAGCUCAUGUACAUAAACUGUAUGCUCUAUUACCAGAAAUAUCUAAAAAUAGAUUUUUUAAAUCUGAGCCAGAAAUUGAUACCCCAUGUCUUAACAUAUUUUUGUUUGUGAAAUUUAGUGAAAUUUCAAAUUUAAUUUUUUAUUUUUUUUUGGGGGGAGGGGCAUUUUUACAAUAAAUCUGGCUGCCUUUAAGUUGGGAUUUCCUCAUCUUCAGACUGGUGUAGGUACUCUCUAGAAAUAUGUUUUCUAUUACGUAGAAAGUGUGUAUUUAUGCAGACAUUUAAACUGAUCAUUUUUAACUAGAAAAAGUAAUGCAUGGUUGCAAGCCAAUGAUAUAUGUGUACAGUUCAGUUGUAAAUAUUGCUCAAGAUUAUUGUAAAUCAAAGGGAGCUAAUUUGGAUGUUAGACACUUUGAGCCCAUAUCCAUUAGCAACAAUAUGAUGAAACGAAAAUUUCAGUUGUUUUUUUUCUGAUAAUAGCAUCUAUGCCAAUGUUGUGAAGUACAUAAAAAUUAAACAUAAGUUAUUAACGCUUGGAAUGUUGUAGUAAACAAAAAUGCUGUUUAAACAUAAAAUGUGUUCACUCUUUAAGGCCUUGUAUGUGGUUGUUGUGCAAAUGAUUACUCAGUGAACUACAAUAUGUGUUUAUUGAAAACAUAAAAUGUACCGGGCUUACUACAAGUUGGUGCUAAUUUGGAAAUAGAAGGUGUUACAUCUGAUGUGUGCUAAGACCUCAAUUUAUGCAUUGUAGCUGCAUGCAUGGAAAUAUUGAAGAAACAAAAAUGAAUGAUUUCUUGUGUUCCUGUGUAUUUAAAGCAUACAUCAGUAUUUUGGCUAAACACACUAUUUUACACAUGGUUUCUGUCUCUAAAAUAAUCUCAAAUAAGGAUUCAGUGGCACUCUCAUAAUUACAUGUAAAAAUUGAGUCACUAUUCACAAUACUUCAAAAGUAGUAUUUCCACAUAGGCAGUCAGUAUUGUUCAAAAUGUCCAGUCUGUCUCAGUAUUGUUUUGCUUAUAAGACCAGGACCCAAUGUCUCUACAAUGCUCAACGCAAUCUUAACUCAUUUCACCUUAUAAAAGGAAAAAAAUAUGGCCAAUAUAAAAACAAAAUUUGGAUGGCGGGGGUGACAUUUUUUUCUUUUCUUAAAGGACUGUUUCAUCAUUGAAUAUGUGUUAAUGCUCUUUCGUAUUGCAUAAGGGACCAUAACCAUGUGUUUCUAGACAAAUAAAAGCCGUUCCCCAACAUGACCAGACCGAUACGCAGAUCCUAGUUUCAAUAUUUUUAUUUCAGUCAAUAAAAUUUAAGUGGUGGCGGAAAAAAGAGGUGCAGGUGGGGAUGAAAAUCUAGCAACUAAUCUAUAAAGUCUAGUCAAAUCUUUUUCUGUUUUUCUUUUUUAAAAAAAUGCAUUAUUUCAUAGAAUAUGUUAAUUGAAAGAACUUAAUAUUCCAAUUAUUAUGUGGUAAAAUGAGUUGAGAUUUAGAUUGUCUGAAGUAAGUUCCAUAUCUGAAUCUACACUCAGAAAGCUAAAACACUAAAACAUGGAAGAAUGUAUACUCUAGCAUUCUUUAAUCAUUUGGUGAUAUAUAUAUAUUCAGCAAUUUUCAGAAUCAAUGGUUUGAAAGGAGGAAAUUUACUAUGACAUUUAGAUGCUGGGAUUUAGUUUCAAGUCUAAACUCAGAAACAAGUCUGUAAACAUUGAGUCUGGUCAAAAUCUGGUCAUUUUAUAGAAUGUGAUUAUAACCCAUUUAAUCACAAGUAUAGCAGUAGAUCUGCUGUAAAUUUCGGUUUUAUCUUGUUUGUUAUUUAGCAAUUUUACUGUUCUAAAUAAUAGUUAAAAAUAUCAUGUAAUGAGUCAAACAUAUCUUGGAGAAGACAUAUACAUGUAGAUAUUUGUUGGGUUUUUGAAGGAUUGUAGUGUUAUGUAGCACAUUGUAGGCAUGCUGUUUGAAUAAUUUUGUUUUUGUUUUGUUUUUAAUUUAUAUAUGACUUUGAUUUUAUGGAAACAAAUUCUUAUCUGCCAUAGAUGUACAUAAGAUUAGGUUGCUGAAAUUAAAUUUUUCUUAUAGUGUUUUCUGUACACCAUAUGCACUAUUUCUAUAAACAAUGGUUCAGAUUCUACCCUACCCCUUAAGAAUUGGUUGAGAUUUAUGGAAUUGUGCUGAAUGUUAUAUACCAUGAUUAUUAAAUAUGUAGACCAACUACGAAUAAUUCAGGUACUGUUUGUAUGUUUGUAGAGUUUAUUUUGUACUCAUUUGUGUACAGGCUUUAUUGAGUGCAAAUGCUCUGUAGGGGGAUUUCAUCUAUAUCUCACAUCCAUAGGGUUAAACAACUGAAUGAUGAUAAAUCACUUAUAUUUAUGUUAUUCUUAAGAAAUACAAAGUUAAAUAUAAUAGGUUAAUUUUAAACCAUUAGAUUUUAAAUGGGCAAAUUGAAUUAUUGUUUAGCGAAAUUUUGAUAAAACUACAUGCAUGCAUACGUUUUGUAGAGAAAAACAGGAAAAUGUUCUCUUUUUUCAAACAAAAAAAGCUUGUUAACUCUUAUGUUUUCCUCAUGAUUAUUGAUAUAGUAGUUGAUACUGAAUUGUUUGUUUUUGUUUCCAUGAUUAUUGACAUAGCAAUUAAUACAGGAAUGUUUUGUUUUUGUUUUCUGGAUUAGUAAGGUAGCAAUUGAUACUGUGUUGUAUUUAGUUUUCAGGAUUAUUCAAAUGGUAAUUAGUAUUUUGUUUUCAUUCCAAUGUUUUAUACACUAUAUGUAGACUGUUAUUGUGUUAAAGCAAUUUAUAUAAAUAAAAGCUUCAUAUUUUG